AUGGGUCUUGUAGACGCCUACGACAGGGCGGCGACGACCGAGAUUGCGAACGAGUCCCUGAAAGACGUGCGGCCCGACAUUGUUCAUCAGUGUCUCCUCGCCCUCUUCGACUCCGACCUCGCCUACCGGCACCGGCUGCGCGUGUACAUUAGUCUCUUCGUGCGGCAAGGAAAGGUGAUCGAGGUGUCGCCGGCGUUGCGGCCACCGCGCACGUACGCGCGUUUCCGGGGUCUCAUGUUUGCCCUGCUCCGUGAUGGACGUAUCUGCUCGACGGAUGGGCAGGUGCUAAUGCGGCUGAUGCCGGGUUCCGUGGCGCCCAUCAUUCCCCAUGGCGCAGAGGUGGUGGGGCUCACGAACAGCCUCUCUUCUCCCAUCGUUACGGCGACGCAGCUGGCACAGCAGGCUGUCGCAGCACCGGUGGAUGACUCUCUGCAGGGCGGAAUCAAGCACGUGACAGCCUUCUACUGCAUCUCGUGCACAGACGACUGCAACCUGGACGGCAUCGACUACAUCACCCAAUCGGUGUGCCUCUCCGCAUAUCCAAUGACAGCGCACGUGCAAUGCGCACGGGUGUGCGAGGGGCACACACGCGUGGAGCCGGCUAGCAGCGUCAGCGGUAGUGCUGCGGGCAGGGGGGCAGGUGGUGGACAAGCGAAGACUGACCGCAGUAGCACACCAGAGCCGCCGAGAAGGCGCGGCGAAGUGUUCCCUGUCGACCAGGCUGAGGACAACGAGCAGUGA